GGUGUGCAUUAUUUCGGAUAUUUGUUGCUAUUUUUCAUUAUCGCUCGUAUCAAGGGUGAAUGUGGAAUAUAAAUCAAUACUACAAAACCUUGUAUAUCCUUUAGCGGAGUUUUUUUCACAUCCAUUUCAUUAUCUUACACAUAAACACAAUAAAACAAUAGUUUCUGUUUGAAAACAUUUGAUUUGGAUUCGUAUUUAUUAUUAAAUUUUGACAGUUACAUGUGACGAUGUGGAGUUUAAUUUUAACAACAUGGAUAUAAAAGUACGCGAGUGUUCGAAUGAUUGUUGGAGUGCUAAUAGUUAACAUUAAGUCAUCAAAUAUUAUAAACAUUAUAACGGUUUUUACGGCCGAUACAUUUUUGACAAUGACGUCAAAAACUUUCACGCUUAUUCUGAUCAUCACAUUCCUAAUUCUUGACGUAACGUGGGCCCUAAACUUUCUUCAAAGUUCAAACACCUACGCCCGAUUCCCGAAAUGGAACGCCUGCAAAAACGCUUCGAUCAGUUUCGAGUUCCGGACCCGGUUUCCUUCAGCGCUGCUCAUGUACACAGACGAUAACGGCGUUAAUGAUUUCCUGGAAAUAAUGAUCGUGAACGGAAGUGUCCGACUGCGCAUGAACUUCGUCGACGGAAAAGACAACCCGAUCGAGAUAAUCGUCGGGCAACGUAUAGGCGAUUUUAAUUGGCACAGAGUGGAGGUACGACGUAACCGUAUGGAGACGUUAUUUUACGUGGAUCAUUUCCAUGAUAGUCGAGUUGCCUUCGGGUCGGAUUUCAACUUUGGCGACGUCAGCACUAAUAAUUACGUGUUCUUUGGAGGACUUCCGCAGACAUACGCCAACAUAUCCCGCCUGAGCAAGCUUUCGCUGACGUCCGCGUUCUUCGAGACACGGUUUGUGGGUGAAGUACGUAACGUCAUUUACGAGAACUGCACGUGUCAGCCCCAGCGCGUGCGGAUGAUCGAGGGCAUUUCUUUAUCACGUGAACCGCAGGAAGCGUGUGACGUCACUAACAACUGUGGCGCGUGUCUUUGUAUCAGCGGGGACGAGCGACACGGCUGCCAGUGCCAGGGUUUCAGCUGCGAACAUGACCAUGACACUUACUAUCGGCUUCCAAUGGAUAAGAUCACGGGAACCAGUGUGGACAACCCUUCCGGUCUGGAUGCGCAGGUGCUCGGAAGUCCUCAACUGGUUCGCGGCCCAGUGAACAACGCGCUAAAAAUAGACUGCGAUCUUGAGGCUGUCAAGGUCACCGGGCCAGGUCACCGACAAGAAUGCUUUGGCGACCUCAGCAUGUGUCCGAAAGGGUAUACGCUCUCGAUGUGGCUCAAAAUAGACCGUCUCGGAAGUGGCCAGAGUGUUUUCUUAUCCAAUGGCGGGGAGAGACAAGACUCGCACGGUGUGGCAAUGAUGUACGAACACGGCCGAAUGGAAUGGGUGUUCCGCAUGAAAACCGGCAAUGAGUGGCGCGUGACAGCUAACAACGUUUUUGCGCAAAAAUGGUAUCACGUGACGGCAACAUGGCGACAAGACAAAGGUCUCACUUUGUACAUCAAUGGUCGCAAAGCGGCAUAUGAAAGCAUGUACACAGUUAGGUAUCCUCUUAACGGGACUGUGUAUGGGCAACGUCCUGAAGCGUUGACGUUAACAUCAUCAAAACGUACACCAUCGGUGGAUGACUUCAUUAUUUGCCAAUCAAAUAACGUCUCGCGGUCACGUGCUGUUGGCGCCAUCACAGUGGACGAAUUCCAGUUCUGGGCAACAGAACUGUCAGAGAAGCAACUCAGGGAAAAUGGACCAAUAUAUUCAUUUCACAUUCCCAUGGAUAACUUGACUGAGGGUCACUUAGUAACGACCGAUUUUGAGCCGAACACUCGAGGGCGACUUCGGCAAGUCCCGGGAAUGAUCGGAAACGCGAUCCAAAUACCAGGUGCAGGCGAAUACAUCGAGUUUGUGGAUUUUAAGGACACUUGUUUGGGAAACACGACGGUCUGUAUGUACGGAUUUACCGUUGUGUUUUGGAUCAAAUUCGCGAAAAUGGAAAACAAUGCCUACGUUAUGGCAUCAGGUACAGCCGGGUUCUCGAUUUUCACGUUGGAAAAGCGUCUGUAUGUAACUGUUCAAAGCGGCGAUCGACUCUGGAAUGCGUCAGUUGCAAACCUUCAAACGAGCUCGUGGUACUUCCUGGAAAUCACGUGGAACCCAACGUCCGGUCUGGAGGUCUAUGUCAAUCAGAAAAUGGCGGUUAAACAGGAUGCGAGUUCUCCUCGCGUCGCAUAUUCCAGUAAAUACAACAAUUUCUACAUCGGUCGUGCGAACACAGUCAUGUACAACGAGAGGUACGCCGCCGCCACGGUUGAUGACCUUCAUCUGUACAACGGGGACAGACAGAGACUUCUGGGCCUGGAUUACAUAGCCCGAGGAAAACCAAAGAACGAAUUUUACGGAUUUGAAGCCAUCGCCAGCGGUGUCAUAGAGAACAAAAACCGGUUAGAACCAAUCAGAACGAGCGAUGGAGUGGUCCUAAUUCCGGGCAAAAUCGGAAAGGCCGUCCGAAUUAACGGUCUACGUCAGACUAUCGAUUUUCGUGCAGCGGACGGUUGCCUUAGCGAUCUGGAUUUGUGUCAUCAUGGGAUGCUGUUGUCACUUUGGAUAAAUCUUGAGAAAAUGGAAGACAAAAUGGUAUACAUAUCAUCCGCAAUAAACGGGAUCGAGAUCUCAGUCGCAAACCGGAAGUUGAUGGUCACGGCGGAGACGUCAACGCAGUUAUGGAAGUUGAUUACAUCAUCAGUGACGCCCGACACGUGGUAUUAUUUAGAGGUCACGUGGUCUUUGGAGGACGGCCUGACGCUAUAUUUGGACGGGAAAAUGAUUGCUAGGGACGUCAAUGCAGAUGAGAAAACAUCAACACCUGAUUCCACGCAACCCCGAUCAAAUACAUUCCUGCUUGGCAUUGACAACGCUGGUCGAAACAAGAGCGUUUAUGGCGCCGCCAUAUUUGAUGAGAUGGAACUCUGGGAAGGGUCACGUGACUAUCUUAUGUCAUUCGGAUACAUUCAGAGGGGCAAGCCGGACCAUUUUGUCAUCAGUAUGGAUUCUAUAGUUGACGGUGGAAGACGUCUUGAACAGGCGUCCUUACGCAUUAUGCUUUACGGAUAUCCAUUGCUAGAAAACGGCGUUGUAAAAAGUGCGCUCAAGCUUGACGGCAACCAACAAUAUGUUGAUAUCGGUACAAACAAUGACGUUUGCUUGGGCAAUCUUGACCAUUGUAAGUUUGGGAUUUCAAUUUUCUUUUGGCUUAACAUAGAAAGGUACAAUUACAACAUGUACAUUCUAUCAACUGGAAAGGAUGGUGUUCAGAUAUUUAGCAACCAGGGGCUCAUCUAUUUCACCAUAAACCACAUGCAACAUUCGUGGAGAUUAGGAAUACCGAACGUAUCAGAAAAGGAAUGGCAUUUCUUUGAACUCUCGUGGCACCCGGAUUUCGGAAUGGAUCUGUUUAUAGACUACGAUCAGCAAUAUCACGCGGACUCCCGCGUUAUACCGGAAACCUCGAGAUCUGACGACAGCCAUUUUUACGUUGGCCGACCGAAUCCAACCGAUGUCAGAGGUCAAAGUUAUAGCUAUGGGAACAUGGCUAUAGACGAGCUGGAAGUGUGGUAUGCCAGGAGAAGCUAUCUGAUCGCAUUUAAUCACCUUCUUCGCGAUCACGUGGGUUAUGAGUCAUUCUCCAUGGAAACGGCAUUGAACGACACCGUGUAUCACCCUCGUUAUCGUGUCACUCUAGAACGAGGAUCCAGUUUGGUACCCGGUCCCGUCGGCAACGCGGUCUCUUUGCGGGGACAAGGCGACUACGUCGAUUUAGGGAACCAUAUGGACAAGUGCUUUGCGAACAUAGACCUAUGCAAUCACGGGUUGACGAUUUCAAUGCUUCUGAAGCCGGAAAGUUUGAAAAGCGACCAGUACUUUUUGGCGGGACCGACGUAUUCGUUAUACUUGAAGAAGGGGAAAUUAAUUGCUGAAUUUCAUUCUGAAGGGAAAGUAUGGAACGUGACCUCAGAUAAAUUAAAUGUUAACACCUGGAAUAACAUCGUGUUGUCAUGGGAACGCGACUCUGGAUUAGAAAUAUAUCUUGACGGCAAACUGAUAAGCAGAAACAGUGCGCCAUUCGACGUUAACAUGAACGAUGCGUCGGGAACCGGAAAUGUGUACAUUGGGAAGUCCUCGGACAGUACCGUCGCCGGCACUGCUGAGAUGAUGGCGGAUGAAGUACAAUUUUGGCACGCCAGUCUUGAUGCAUUAAAGCUGAGAGGAUUAUACCAAGGGCCUGUACAGGAGAUAAUCCAGUUCAGCAAGAUGCCCCCUAGCGGCGUCUUGUCGCAGACCGGAAGGAGAAUCAGCCUGAAGGGUGGCGCUACGUUGGUUCAAGGGCUGAAGGCACAAGCAGUGAGGCUUAAUGGCACUCGUCAGUUCAUCGACAUGGGCGAAAAUCUCACGUGCAACGGUGACCUUGACAACUGUCGCCAUGGUUUCACACUGCGCUUCGCCACCAAACCGGAGCGUCUCACCAACAACAUGUACUUCCUUGACAGCUACCCUCUGUCAGUCUUCUACAGAGAUGGUCGAUUGUACGCAACGGUGCGGGCAGGCCGGAAGUCGUGGACGGUGGCGGCUCCAGGGUUCAAGGCGGGGGAGUGGCAGACCGUAGACGUAUCUUGGCACCCGGAAAUAGGUCUGACGUUGCUAGCCAACCAGCGCGAGGUGGCUGCGCACAAGACCCACGGCACGGACAUUGACCCCGUGUACGACUACGACCGUAACACGCUGUUCGGGCGAGCCAUGUCUGAUAUGAAGACCGACAGGUACGCAGACACGGCCGUGGAGUUCAUCGAGGUAUGGAACAUACGUAGGGACGUCCUCAUGUCGAAAAACACCAUUAACAUCGGCCUCCCCGGGAUCACUUCCGGUCUGGAUGGUACUGUGACGUCACAGCCCGUAAUAGGCACGUUGGCUCCACCAUUCAGUUCCGACGACUCUCGCUCAGUGUUCAUCACGACGGCCCCACAGACCGGAAAUGGGCAACAGUUUAACGCCGGUACCCGGCUUACGUCGGUUACAUCCACGUCAAAGAUCAUCCGUUUCUACGGAAAGUCCUACGUCCAGUACGACUUCAGCCAGCUGAUGGACGAGAUUCUCACCCCGGCCGACAACGAGACUUUCUCGAUGGAGUUCAUAACACAGACAGCGGACGGACUAAUCUGGAUCUGGAAGGGAACCGGCGGCCGGAAGAUGCAUUUUAGCCUCAAGAGCGGCACCUUGUUCUUCGUCAUAGACGACGGAAGGGGAAACCCACAGCAGGUGCGCAUUCAACAUCCGGACUCCCGCGUGCUAGGCGACUUCAAGUGGCACAAGAUCCGGGUAGACAAAAACGGACGACAGCUCAAGUUCUAUAUCGACGAGCAGCUGGCCACACAAGUGACGGCUUACACCGACGUUCAGUUCCUAACUUCCGGUGCUACUCUAUACUUAGGCGGAAGUAACAACACCCGAGUCGACACCGGAUUGGUCGAUACGAACUUCGACGGUGCUCUUGUUGAUGUUGAGGCGAAGAAGGUGAUCAGAAGUAACAAAGAGUUGAUCGUGAGUUUCCUGCAGUACGUGGGGGACUCCACCGGCGACAUCGACGUCUACGACAAAAACCAAUGGAACAUUGGCAACUGGACUUGGAGCACCACGAGGCCCUCUCCUGUCACUCCGCCCCCAAGACAGGUCAGUCUAUUGCCAACCCCAGUCACUUUCAAGUCCGGAAACUCCAUGUUGCUCGUCACAGACGCCUUGGACAUGCGCACUGGCGGCUCCAUGAGCUUUCGGUUCCGAACGCUAGAACCACGUGGUCUUCUCGUUAUGGGACACGGCUCGGCGGUUCAGUUCUUUGCUAUAGAGGUGUUUGACGGGAUCCUGUACUUUGUGGCCGACUUUGGCAGCGCUACUAGCCGGAACAUGUUCUCGGACAGUCGCGUUGAUGACGGUGAAUGGCACGAGGUUACGAUGCGUGUCGACCGGAAUGUUAGAACCGUGACGUUGACGCUGGACGGACGUCAGUUCGUCGACACCGUUUCACCGGAAGAGCUCCAGCGAAUGUACUUCUUCAAAACGUUCUUUGGCGGGUAUGACAACUUCGAGUCGGCCCCUUGGCCCUUAUACUCUCGAGAGGGAUUUAAAGGCUGCUUCGAGUCGCUCGUGAUAAACGGUGUCGGCAUCGACCUUCAUCGGGUCAUCAACACGCAGCGCCUUGUGGGGAUCGAAUUCGGCUGCAGCCCCAUGUCGCGUUCCUGUCAAUCUCAGCCCUGCGCUUACGGAUUCUGCAGGGACCGGAUGAACGGAUACGUCUGCGACUGCGCGAACACGCCAUACACCGGACAGAACUGCAACGCAAACGCGGUGAUCGCGGGUUGGGACGGAAGUAACUGGAGCGCGUUCAACUUCGUUAACCGGGAGGUGACCCAUACCAACGACCUCUCCGUGCGCUUCUACACGCCACUACGCGACACCUUGCUAUUCCGGACGGAAGCUGACAACAAGGACGACUACAUUCAGGCCGAGCUGGUCGACGGCAGGGCCAAGGUCACUAUAAAAGUGGACGGGAUUGUGAAGCAAUUCUUCACCGGAAAGAAUCUGAACGACUAUUUCUGGCACACUCUGUACAUACGUCGGCGGGCGGACGACGUUCAGGUGUGGGUUGACGACGAGGACAAAAUGACCGGCGUCAUGGGCGGCGAAAAUUAUAAGCUCUACAUCGACCGGAUCAUGUUCGGUUCCCUAGGAAACAAGGGCGAGCUUCCGUGGCGCGAACAACUAUAUCGGUUACAUGCAGAAUUUCAUCUACGACGAUAGGAGAUAUUCAACCUCAUGCGAUCACAGAGCACGAAUUCGAAUAUGCAGUGGUUUAUCGAGCCGGUUGAUAAACUUCCGUUGCUGACAUACAAACCAAUUACGGUCACUAGCAGCGAAACAUAUUUCCAGCUUCCGUCGAUUCCCUCCACAAGGACCAUGAAAAUUCUCUUCAAGUUCAAGACGCGAGAAUCCAACGGGUUAAUAUUGUACAACAGCGGAAGUGGAAGCGACGCGAUCGCUGUGGAGAUGAGCAACGGACAGCUCCGCCUGGCGUACAACAUUGGCGGCCGGAACCAGUUCACAGUGGUUCCCACGGGGCAGCUCAACGACAACAUGUGGCACACAGUGCAGGUGGCGCUCAAUGAACGCAGUCAGUUCACGGUGCGGGUGGACGGAGAGAACGUGCAGGUGUCCACUAGCGGCUCACUCAGUCUUGCCGGGACGCUGUACAUCGGCGGUCUGCCACAGGCGAUGUUCUCGCGACCGGAAGUUGCUAGUCUGAUCGAGUCGAGGAAGGGAUUCCGCGGCUGUCUCGCCUCCGUUGACCUGAACGGCGCUGUUCCGGACCUAAUGAACUAUGCCACGGACAAAUCCAAGAUUAUUGACGGGUGCCGCGAUCUAAAUGUUGCCUGCGCGCCAAACGCUUGCGCCAUGGGGAUGUGCGUGCCACGUGCCAAUGACUACUACUGCGACUGCAAUAUGACCGGCUAUGUCGGCGUUCCUUGCACGGACUUCCCGACCGGUUAUUACUUCGGCAAAAAUGGCGGGAGCGGCAUCGUGCUGUACGAGUUUCCUCUGGAGAGGCAACUGAACUCUAACGAGGACAUGCUGGCGUUCGGUUUUAUGACCCUGGAGCGCGACGGCGUCCUGUACCGGAUAGAGAGCGGCCUGGACAGCAACGAGUACAUCGAGAUACGACUGGAAAACGGCCACAUCAUAGCGGAGUCGAACACCGGAACUGGUCUAGUGAGGCUAGUGGAAGACUCGCGUCUCUUCAACGACGGCCAGUAUCACGUGGUGCGCUACAUCCGAACCGGAAGUAACAGCACCCUACAGGUCAACCAGCUGCCCACAAAGAUUGCCGUGAACACAGGUGUACUGUCACUGUUCAAACGGGUGCACCGCGUGAUGCUGGGCGGACGGACUGACUCGAGUGGCGCUAUCAUCCGUAACUACUACGGCAUCAUCGGAGGUGCCUACUACAACGGCCAUCGCUGGUUAGACCUGCUUCUCUCCAAGACCCAACUACACGGCAAGCUCGUACAGAUCAAGGGAGACGUCGUGCUGGUAAAACCCUUCCUGCUUACCGGCGGUGGAAAAACUACACCAGCGCCACCUGAUUUAGUCAUCCCGCCCGGUGUUACCAUACCGACCGAUAUUGGCGGCGGUGGCGUUAUUGGGCCAGGAAUCGGUGGUUCCGGCGGCAUUGUCCCGGAAAUCCCUAGCAUUGGCGGAGCGGGGGGUGUUCUGCCGCCCAUUACCGGUAUCGAUCUGGUGGGACCAAGCAUACAGGAUUCCGGGCGCAGUUGCUGCGGCUCAAGUUGGACCGGCUGGCAUGAUGGGCGGGGCGAGGCGGGGGCCGUUGUCGGCACAGUUUUAGGUACAAUGGCUUUUCUGACAAGUCUAAUGUGGGCGCUCUACAAACUGAAGCCCGGGGUCCCGACAUGUCUUAGUCCGGGGGCCGGGGCAGGCGGCGGUGGUGCUGGAAUGACAAUCUCAUCCCCUCGCGCGGCAUCUAAUUUGGGCGCAGUGCAAGCGGCGAGCGCUGGCGCCGGUGGGGGGUCUGGACUUUCCGCAGCUGGAGCCAACGGGGCGUUGUCCAAGGUUACGGUCGUCAACGGGAGUGCUUCCGGCGUGGGAGCGGGCGGUGCCGGUGGCGGUGCCGGCGGGGGAAGCUCCACGUACACGUCAUACUUCCAGUCCACAUCCACCACAGUCGGCGGCGGUAGCGCGGGCGGCGGUGGCGCGGGCGUAAGUGCCGUCGGAGGAGGCGCGGACGCGGUUGAUGCAUCAACACUGCGCGCAACAGGUACUUUCUCGAACAAGGGGACAGCAAUAGGAUCACCGACGGCUGCCCGACGGAACAUGUCGUCGUCGGCAUACUCUUCCAACUACCAGUCUAAUACGAUGCAGUCAUACGGGAGUGGCGGAGGGACAAUGGACCGAGGCUAUACAGGCCAGUACCUAUCUCAGUCUUCCGGUGACGGCAUUCCCGAUUACGACAUGCCUGUUGCCGGUACGCUCACUUCCGGUAAUUCCUACUCCUCGUCCACCCUGAACACGCACUACAAUUACCAGAAAACACUCACAAGUUUAAAGGUGGCAAACUCUGCGUACAGUACAAGGUUGAUAACAGUCGUUCCACCAAAAACCGACACAUACACUUCUGUUCUAAAUAUUAUCAUGACUUCCGGUAAGAACCAGUCAAUCUCGCCUCGUUCUGAUAUCUACUGCGCGGCGCUAGCACCAUCUCGUGACCAAGGGUUUGUUGACCGGUCCGAAGAUAUUAUUGUUGAACACUCGCCUCAGUUGCUGAUGGUCCGUUCAAAAAUAAACCAGUCUCUUCUAAAUGAUAGUAGAGCGAAUGGGAAUACAACAGUAGAAGGUGACGUCACAUCAAAAGUACAGAUACACACAGGACCUGCACCGUUCGCUAUGUAUAGCAAUAAAUCAUAUUUUGAAAUGCCGAAGGACAAGGAAACAUUGCAAAUAACGACCAAGAACGCGAAUACUACUAGAAGAACGUCUUUGCAAGUCCCAUCGAACAUUAAAACGACGGUAUCAAGAAACGGAUAUGAACGCCUAGAAAGCUGUUCGUCCGAAACCAACAUAAACUCAAUGACGUCAUCUGAAAUGACGUCAUCAAAAUCGAGAAAACGCGACGAACAUUCGAGAGACGACCUAUACGAAUCAACGGCGACAAUCACGUCGGAAAUCCAGUUGGGGUCGGUUGACAGCGAUUUGGAUGACAGACCGUUUGCACACCAGUUUGAAAAAAACAUUCUGGACUUGAGUUUGGAGGAUUUCAAGUCGAACUUUGCAGACAACAUUUACGCGAAAGUCGAUAAAACAUUGAAGACUGAGAAAUCGCACACGGUCUCGUCGAAAACCGAUUUUGAAAUGACAAACAUGACGUCCGAAUCCAGCAGUAGGACCGAGUUCGGCGGAUACACAGUGACAUGCACGGCCCAGCUCAAGGGCGACCGUACAGCAGAUACUGUCAGCGAGCUCCAAGAAACGCGCAUUGCAUUCAACGACACUCUGAAGAAUUUAGAGCAGUUCGCUGAUAUCGAUAUUGAUUUUGAGGACUCGCAUGGCGCUGUGGGAACGGACGCUUAUUUGGGUGGAAAUCAAAUUGAGCGUUCGGAAAACGUGAUUUCUUUCACGACACCUUCCCUCAUCAAGAAAACCGGAAAUACAGCCAUCAAGGAAUCGGGAACGUCUCAUUUCCAAACCGAACGCAUCGAACUGUCAGAAACGGCAUACAGUUGCGUUAAUGAAACGAGGGAUCAAAAAGCGUUUCAAGUAACAAUUAUCGAUACGACCGACAACGGUAGGAAUCUUGAUGCCGAACUCAAUACAAGCGUUCAUGAACUGCUCGCAGGUAUGGAUGUGCCGGAAGACAGGUGGGCCGCCGCGCAUGCGCUGACGGGAGACGCCGGUGAGGCGGACACCUACCAGGUUCAAAACCUAAAGACGGUCACGAUCAAUAAGCAAGGCCAGUACGUGAUGUCCAGCGGUAUGGCAUCCGGGGGCGCCGUCACACCGGGAGCUGCCGCCGACGAGGUGAGGGUCGACUGCUGCCUGAUGACGAGCGAUGGUAGGAACGUCGUAACCGGAAGUAGCCUCGGGCCACCCCAGGUUUGGGAUAUGCAGAACGGCGAGCUCCAGAACAUCAUGAAAGGGGACACGAUUGGCUCCACGCACCUCCACCUGGUGUGCGGGGACCGCCUGCUAGUGGGCGCUGUGCACGCGGAUAUGGAGAUCAACGAGUAUUCGUGUCGAAAGGGCGUGGUUAACCAUACAUUGCAGAUCUGGGACUUCAUGACCGGGAGACCGUUAUCCAUGGCGGAAGGCGAAUACUGUUCGGCGAUCUGCCCCAUGAGCGACAGCGACAAAGUGUUAUUCGGACGUACGGACAAAUUCGGUGACGCCACGUCAAUUAUCGCGUGGGACUUGAUGGGUAACCAAAUGAUCAAGGAGAUGCGAUACGACGCACCGGUUGGCAAUAAUGAUUAUAUUUCAUAUCUUAACAAAUCUAAAAACGACCGGUACAUCGUUGCUGGUUUCACCAAUUCAUUUGACAAUAACGCCGAGUUCAUGACCUUUGACAUGACUCUAACCAGCUACAACAUUAGUGAACCCGCCAUGUUGAAAUUAGACGCAAAUCCGGAAGUCACCGCCAUAUUACCAAAAGACGAAGCCGUGACGGGCCUGCGUAACGGUGACCUAGUUAUUUGGGGCAUUCGUAAUGCCCAACCAAGCCGGCAGCUCCUCGGAAGUGGCGGUGCGCAUGCGCACACGAGAGAGGUCAAGUGCGUCGCGCUGUCGGAAGACGGCCGCUACCUGGUUUCCGGUUCUGCUGACGGCACACUGAAAGUCUGGGACAUGAACACAGAGCGACCCGUACAGACCCUGCAAGGCCAUACGGAUGAGGUUUGGUGCACGGCCAUCUCAAGCGACAACGAGAUCGUGGUUUCCGGUUCCGCUGACGGCACGAUCCGCCUCUGGCGCGUGAAGAACGGCACGGAGAUGUGCGUGUUCAACUGUGGCGUGGACAUCUUCUACGUCACCAUGUCACGUGACAAGGGCACUAUCGUUGCCCUUGGCGACAAGUUCCUCGCCCGGAAGUUGAUCAUGUUGCAGGUGGUGCGCACAAAGAUCAAGAAGAUCGUCAGCUCUUAAAGUACACGUAUAUUCAAGGGACAGUUGAAUUAAAUCAUCAUUAUAUUUCCUAGCGUCGGUUUUCAAACAAAUUGUCGUUUGAAUCUUGAAUCUUGGAUCUAAAAUGGGCAUAAAUGUAUACAUUUACGUUUUUUAAUGUUGAAAAAUACACUAUUUGUUGUAACCAUGAGAUAAUUUUUUACCAUUUUGAUAAAAACACACAAAAAGUUCGUCCCUCAAAAUAAAACUUUAAGUACAAACGCUUAUCAUUUAGCAAUAUGCUUGUUGGUGUGAUCUUUAGUACACAUGUUAUGUAAUGCAAACUGAAAUUGAGAAUUGCUAUGCAAAAGCUUGAUUAAUGUUAUUUGCAGCAGUAUUUUCCAAUUCAGGGUUUCAUGUCUUAACAGUUGUAUAAAUGAAAUAUAACACGUUGUUAUUUCUCGGUCCAUACUGAUCUUGAUUGUAUGCUUUCCUUAUAUUGAGUUGAGUACAAUUAAAACUUUGUUUAAUGUGUAAAACGCAGUGUUAGUUUUACAUUUUUUCACUGAAAUUUUCUGUGUGCUUUUAAAAACUUCCAAAAUUUAAGAUGUUUUCGUUACUUAGUAAAUAAAUUCGAAUUCGACGAAUUCCCAGUAAUAUUAAGAUAAUGGGGAAUUGUUAAAGUGGUUUGGUAACGUGUUGUAAUUAUAGUAAUAGUAAUAAACUGGUUUAGUUCUUAAUAUUGUGUUAAUAGCCGCUUCACGCUGUCUGUUAAUUUAUUCAUUAUAUAUCCCAGUUGGUUUAUUUUGUAUGCAUUAGCGAUAGUUAGCCGUUACAUGAAUUGAUGAUACCUCCAAAAAAUACGCUUAGUAUCAAAUUCAACGUCUAUUUUGACCAUUCGAUUUUCAUUGGUGUUUAUUUGUACAUGGUAAACUUUGAUAUUAACAUCAGUUAUUUUCUGUACAGUUAUAAUAUCCGAUGUGGUUUUAAAACUGUCUUCUUAUAAAUACUUAUAAAUGAAUAUCCAUUUUUUUUAUAGAAUUUGUUUUUAGACUCUAUGUAUUGGUUUACAAUGUAUUGAUCUAUAUACAUGUGCAUUGUUCACAUUUAUUAUGCAUACUGUUGCAAACUGCUAACUGCUUAAUAAAUAUCCGAAAUAAG